AUGGAGGAAAUUUACGAAGCCCUCCGACUGGACAAUACAAUUACUUCUUCCAUCCGCGAGAGCGUCGGAACCGGUCUCCCACUUCCCUCUGCCCUCCGAGCCACUCUCUCCUCCGAACUCUCGUCCCCCCCUAUCUCCAAACGCCUCCAAUUCGUGAUUGACAUUAUCGAUGUUUGCAAGGAUGAUCGGGAACUCUACCUUCCCAUCCUCCAGGACGAAGCUCUCGGCACACUCAACGACGUAGCUUUGAAGUACUACCGUCCUCCUGGCGACAGUGACGCCGCAACUCAACAAAUAUCCAAAGCCGUACGCCCGGAGCUUCUCUAUCGCGCCCCAACCGCCGUGCUCAGCGCCCUCUGCAACUCCGGAAUCCUGGCUAUCCAACCCCCUGCCGCAAAUAUCGCACUCCGCGAGGUCCUUGCCCUCCACGCCAACACCGACAAUGGCGGCAACACGACGCAUUCCACCUUUAGCCAAUUCACUUCCACAUCAGCCUACAAGUCCAAUCUCUCGUCUCUUGCCGCUGGCGAUGCCACAGCAGUCCAAAAAACCCUGGCCUCCCUCCUCCGUCUGCACGCCCUAGUCACAGACGCAGAAGACCUACCCGCCCUCCUUGAUGCAGGCUUUACAUCCGCCCGGUCCAUAGCCCUAACAUCCCAAUCUGAUUUUACCGGCCGUCUCUCCUCCUCUGCCCUCAGCAACGCCAAACUCGUGGCCAUACACCGCGAAGCACAACGCAUAGAUACGCGCAAUGAUGCCAUCUGGGCCGACAUUGUCCGCUCCCGCCGUGAGAUUCCAGUCCUCGCCGUAACGGGUAUAAAAUCUGGCAAAGACUACCCUGGGACAGACGAUGUACAAGUCAACCUCGACACACUCUUCCGCGAUCUAGACAGCGUGACCGCCGAUGAGAGUACCUCUGUCUUGGGCCCGGCGUCAUACCUCGUCGAUCUCAUGCAGCUUCUCCGCGGUGUAUCCAUCGGGACUUGUGAAAAGGGAUGGGAGGUGGAGGACGCCAAGACCAUGUUGGAUAUUUUCUUGCAUCGGAGGCCCGAUGUGGCGGAGAUGCAGUUGAGCAAGGUUGAGGUUGGGACGGCAGUUACGUAUCAGGAGAUGGUUGUCGAAGUCAUGGAGAAUUACCUUGAGAAGGAACUCGGUGUGGAUGAGGGAGGGAUGUAUACAGCUGUUGCGGAGAGGGUUGCGCCUAUGGUGGUUUUCCCUUAUAACAAUGCUAUGGGGAUUUCGAGGGCUGCGUUGCAUGGGUUGGGCUAUUCACGGUAUGAGCUGCUGAGGCGAUUCCAGACUGAUGGGGAUCUGGUACAUCGAGCUUUUCCUAGCUUGCCAGCGUCAAAGCAAGGGAAUUAUCUGGCUGCGGCACAUGCUACGCAUGAGCGGCGGUUGGCUGCUGAGGCACUCAGCUUGCAACCGUUGGACUUUGAGGCUAUCACCCAGGAAGGCAUUUACACGCACGACUUUGUCACUUUGCUUCAGCAGCAGCAUUCAGACCUGGCUUCCAAAACCUAUAGUCAGGUUGUGGGACUGUCCCUGGCGGGAGAGUACUGGGGUUAUGAAGCGUAUGACCCGAAAGUGGCAGCAUCAUCGCCUGAUGAUGGAUCAAAAUCCGGAACACCAACUUGGAAGAUGAUAAACCCAGAGUCGACUAUUAGCCUUCGAUUGAUCAAGGCCCAGCUUCUGCCAAGAUCUGAUCUCACACCUUUGGAGCUGAAUAUGAUUCUCAAGACUCGGUACUUGAGUAAUCGCCUCGUGGUCACGCUGGAGAAGACGGUCGGCGAUAAGUCAGUCACAGAACAGAAAUUCAGCGACGAACUGGAGGAUAUGCGUUUACAAGAGUCGCCUAUGAUUGGCCGCUCUGAUGAAGCGGCCAGAAUAUCUCGCCGUACAUCCCUCGAUCUCCAAUCUUUCAUCCGUCUCCGAAAAACCCUUGGCUGGUCCAUCGAGACAACAGAUGCAGCUAUAGCCGCCCUCGCUCAUCGAGAAGUCAUCUAUCCUCAUGAUACAACUCAACACCACGUCUUGGAUGGAGACUUUAUCCAACGUCUAGCCGCAGCGCAGCAAUUAUCAAUCAAGGCUGGUAUCACCGUCGUCGAGCUGUUCCCCUUCUGGGGCCUAAUGUACGCACAAUUUCCUAAUUCUCUCUAUGCGAGACUGUUUCUGCGUAGCGGGUUGGUCAAGUUGUAUCCGUCCUUGGCGCUUGUGGAUGGAGAUGGACAGACGGAUGCUACGUUUGGGAAGAAUAUGGGUGCUGUGUUGCGAGCGUUAGGUAUGACGCAGGAUGAGCAGGUUGUGUUCAUGGGGAUUAUUGGGUUCGAUGCCAACACGGCAUGGACGCUUGAUGGGAUUGCUAGGCUGUAUAGUCAUCAGCGGCUGUGCAAGAUCCUUCGUCUGCCGGUGAAGAGGUACGCGGAUUGGUGGAGGGUUGUUUGUAAGAAGGGGGGUGUUGAUCCUUUUAUUGAUCCGCAGAGUGCGUUGAAGGCAUUGGAUUUGUGGUUGGAUCUGCCAGAAGGGAUUGAGUCGAGCCAGCAAGCGCUUGAUCUAAUCAUUUCCUUGGAAGAAGAGGAGGGGGGGAAGUUGGAUGAGCAUGAUUUGAGUGCUGUGGCUGGGAUCGUUGGGGGGAUAGCAGCUGUUGAGGGGGAGUUUGCUUUGGUUUUGAGUGGUGGAGGGGGAGGAGCUGGAGAUGUUCAAGUGUAUAGCAGUGAGUUUUUGCUGGCCAUGUGUUCGAAGAUGUUGAGUCCUUCUGUUGCGAAGGAUGUAGUUGAUGUGGUUGAAGGAACAGCAAACAUCACGACAACGAGCAACAGCAUAGCCAUAAGCGUGUUUGCUCAGACCUUUCGUCUUAACGUAUCAGACGUCAUCAACGCCUUUAGAAAGCCGGUCUCAGGCUUGAAACCUGACGAAAGAGAACAAGAGAUUGCAGCACGUCGAAAACAAGCCAUGGUCUGGAUGGUCCCAGAGUUAAAACGUCGAGCAACGGAUACUGUCGUCGGCGACUCACUCGCCACUCGUUUCCACGACGCCCCUUCUCAACUCGUUCAGCAGCUCCUGGCCGCCAAGGAUCCCACGCCCCUGCCUGGCGUCCCAGAUCCGACAAAUGCAACAUACCUCCAGUCUCUGAACAGCUUCUAUGCUUCUAUCAAGGACUACUGUUCCGGGGCAACUAGUACAUACUUCUUCCCUCCUGUGACGGCGGAGUAUACUUUCAUCACAGGCUCCGAUAAGGGAAAAGCCGCCAUCAACGGUCAGGAUUGUCCUUUUACGCCUAUCCCUGGGCCUAAUGUGAAGCGUCUUACUACGCCUCAGCACUUGCGACAGGGUGAUGUGGUCUUAGUGGAAUGGACGGAUGGGUUGCAGUUGGAGCAUCUAUCGUAUUCUACAUCAGGAGGGGAGUUGAGCUUGAAAGACAGCUUGAUUUGUCCUAUUGAGCUUGCACGUCGCGUCUGUCUAACUCUGGGCCACUUGGGACGAUGUAUGGGCGUGGCUAAAAUGUUGGGUCUUGAGCCGGCGGAGGUUGGCUUUCAUCUUGGACGGGGGAUUGACUUCUCUCGUUUAGACGUCUCUCAACUACUCCAACUACGGUCCUUUAUUAAUAUACGAGCAAAGUUUUCGACGUCUGGUGUGGCGACUUUGAUAGCCUAUGUCCAGUACCUUGAACGACUCUCAAGCGGGUCGAGUACGGAUACGAUCGAUAAAUUGGUGGCCGCGACGAAACGACUGACUUCACUUGACGCAAGUGACAUUUCCGCUUUCUUCACUACGCGCUGGCCAACGGCAACAGUCGAGGACCUGGCCAAAACCUUCCUCGACGGGGACUUAUAUCCUCUCCAGCAACUAAGUGAAGCUUGCUCCCUGUCCAAGGAUCUCGGUGUGCCUAUUAAAAUACUGCAUACAUGGGCGCAACUACCCUGGGACCCAAAGAAAGCAGAGGACUUUGAAUUUGCAGAGGAAUUAAAGACGGCACUCUCAUCCUCGUCUGCAUCAUCUACAAGUGGUGGGGCACUCGUACGGGCAAAAGAAGUCGUCCUCACGAGGCAACAACGCGUAUUGCAAGAAUACAUCAUCCGUUUGCCAGUCUUUGUCAGCCGCGGUAUCGUCACCACCGACGAUCUAUCGGCAGAUUUCCUCAUGGACCUACAGAUGGGUCCACCGAUGGAGACAUCACGAAUCGGGCAGGCCAUUGCCAGCGCACAACUUUUCAUACAACGAUCGAUGCUAGGGCUGGAGAAGGUGUACGGCGUAUCGACAACCGCAGUCGAUCAAUCCCUCUGGGCUUGGAUGUGUAAAUUUACACUCUGGCAAGCUAACCGCAAAGUCUUCCUCUAUCCCGAGAAUUGGGUCGACCCCUCCCUCCGAGACGACAAAACACACGCCUUUGAGGAAUUGGAGAGUAAGAUGCUCCAAGCAAGUCUGGACCGGGAUACCAUCAGCCAAUUACUCCGUGAGUAUGUCUACGCUAUCCAUGAAGUCGCCGACCUCGAAGUGUUGAGCUAUCUCUGGGAAUCGACCAAGAACUAUCGCGGGAGAUAUCACUUCUUUGGUCGGUCGCGUGCGGCGCCUUUUGUGUUUUACUACAGGCAGCUUGUGGUCACUGGAACAACCACAAUGUCGAUGAGUUGGAACUGGCUUCCGUGGAGUAAGAUGGAGGUUGAUAUUCAGACGCAUGAGAUUGAUGCUGACCAGAAGCCUCUUGCUCAUCCGGGGAGCUAUCUUCUCCCUGCGCUGUUCAAAAAUCGUUUGUUCUUGUUUAUGCCGCAGAUUGCAAGGCAAGCGAAGAAGGGAAAGGAUCAAACGACGAGUUUGGCGGACCAAGCAAAAAAUGUUAAUGGGCCGUCCAAGGCGGAGGAGUUUUGGGAGAUUAAGAUGGCUUGGGUUGAGAUGAGAAAUGGGAAGUGGUCUCCCAAAUAUAUCACUGCUACUGGGAUUCAUGUCGGUGUGGCUUCGGGUGAGAGUGCUUUACCUUCCAUAUCAUCUUUUCGCUUCCGAUUGGAGACGACGGAUGGAGGUUUGAGCCUUGCUAUUCACGUGGACAGGUGGAAAGCUUCUGGGAGUGGGGGUGAGUUUCAGAUACUCGGACGUUUUGAGAUGCAGGGCCUUCGACUGCGGUUGAUCGACGGUACCGCCGGUUCAACAGUUGGGACGCACAUCGAAACGGAGAUGGAGUUUGGACGGAUUACGCACUCGAGCUCGACUGACAACAUCUCGACAUUGAAGAGCCAAGUUGAAGCCUAUACACUCGGUAUUGAUGCGAAAGAACACUCACUUCUGGCGGUGCCUAGUCCGAAGACAAUGACACAGACGUAUGCACUCUCGUGGCUUCUGACCAACAAUGUCUCCCAGUAUCCGGGAGUCCUGGGAUUGGUUGUUGAAAGAACUACACCGACGCAGGCUUCGCUAUUCUUUGGCUAUCCUGGAAUGACACUUGAGGGCAAAAUCGACACCAGCAAUAAGACGACAAUCUCGACGUCGACCAUGACACAUGACUCGGCCUUGUAUCUCGUCGAGGAGAUUGCCGGCACGGAGGAUUAUCACGCCAUCUUUGACGCACUCGAGCACCUCCCCAAGGACAUGAAGAACAGGUCUUUUGGAUUCCAGAACAGAGAGUACAGGGAACUGGCCAUGCCAGCCUCGAUUUACAACUGGGAAAUGGGCUUCCAUGUCGUGUCGCUAUUGAUGGAACGACUUCUCGCCACACAGCAAUUCGACCUCGCUAUCGAAAUAUCCCGUCUCGUCUUUGACCCGUCACGAGACGACGCGGAACCCGACAGUGCAGCAGCAAUAGCAGCAGCCACCCCCAAGCCACUGUCUAACCUCGACCGAAGCUGGCGUUUUGUCCCCUUCAAAUCGGCUGAUCUCCGUCUCGGCGGGUCUGUACGACAGAUUAUACAGAAUCUCAAACCCUUACCAGCUAAGCACCCCGAAGUACAAGACUGGAAAGCAAAUCCCUUUUCCCCGCACGCCGUUGCUCGGAAACGUCCAGCCGUGUAUAUGAAACGCUUCGUCAUGAAGUGCAUCGAGAUUCUCAUCGCAAGCGGUGAUCAGUACUUCCGGCAACCAUCCCUUGAGGCGAUACCUAUGGCUACGCAGCGAUACACGGAGGCACUGACGCUCUUUGGUCCGGCACCGGCUACGAUUGUGUCACCUACGCGGCCUGUCACCAAGCGUUAUGAUGAUAUAAAGUCUCUUGUGACGGAUUUUGCCACGGCUACCGUAGAUAUGGAGCUCGAGUUUCCGCAUUUCAUCAAUACGCAUGUGAGGGGGAAUGUCGGGACCCGUGAUGGGACAUUGGGCUUUGUCCGAUCAACGUAUUUUGGUAUUCCAGCGAACCCGGCGAUACAAGCGUUACGUGAUCUCAUCGACGGAAGACUGUAUAAUAUCCGUCACGGUUUAGAUAUUGAUGGGAAUCCACGUCGUUUGCCGUUGUUCGACCCGCCUCUGGAUCCAGGACAGUUGAUCGCUGCUAGAGCAGGUGGCGCGAGUCUUGCGAGUUUGUCUGGGGGUAGGACGGAAGGGCCUAUGCCGAAUUGCAGGGCUAGGUUUCUUUUGCAAAAGGCGCAGGAUUUGUGUGCCGAGUUGCGGUCACUUGCCGAGUCUUAUCUAUCUAUCAGGGAGCGGAGGGAUGCGGAGGCUAUGGCUAGACUUCGUGCGAGACAGGAGACUGGGGUGUUGUCACUUCUGAAUGAUGUUAAACAGCAUCAAGUCUUGGAAGCGACAUCAGCGCUGGAGACGUUGGCUGAGACACGCAAGUCACAUAUAUUGCGGCUGACGUACUUCCUCGCUUUGAUCGGAGAGUCAACUGAUAUGGUUCCAUCUUCCGACACGGACUGGGUUGAUCUUGACUUUGGCAUUCAACAGCCAAACAAGGAUGAGUUGCGGAUGAGUGCAGAGGAGUAUCUCGAGUCCGCUUCGAUGGAGUCGGCGUUGUAUACGAAUAAGAUUGCUACGGGAAUUGAGCAGAAUGCUGGAUUGCUCAUGGCGUUGCCGAGUCUUACUAUACAGGCAGAGCCUAUGGGUGUUGGCAUCUCGACACAGAUGGAUGCGUCUAUCAUCGCCAAGGCUCUUCUUGUGGGCGCGAGCGUUAUCCGGGCUGCGGCGCAGGCGAGUACGGAUAUGGCGAGUCGUGCUGCUCGAAAGGGACAGCUCGUUCGGCAACUGCAGGAACGUCGGAUGCAGGCUAAUCUCGCUGGCCAUGAUAUCAAGAUUGUCGAUAAACAGGUCGAGAAUCAACAGAAGCGGGUUGAAGUUGCCAAGGCGGAGUUGCGUGCUCAGAAGCAACAAGCCGUUGACGCAGCUGAGAUGGAAGAAUUUCUGCGAACCAAGUAUUCUUCUGAUAAGCUAUACUCUUGGCUUGAAGCUGAGACGAGGAAAUUGGCCUAUCAGUCUUAUCUUGCUGCGCUGGAUAUGGCGAGGACAGCGGAGAGGGCUUUACAGUGGGAGUAUGGGCCUAGGGCGCAGCCUUCGUUCCUGAGCAGUGCGUAUUGGGAUGAGUCGAGGGAUGGGUUGCUCGCUGCGCAGGGGCUGAGUGCUGCUUUGCAUCGGAUUGACAAGUUUCAGAUGCAGGGAACGCCGCAUGAUUAUGAGCUUACAAAGACCAUCUCUCUACGUCAGGUGGCACCUCUGGCUCUCCUUAGUCUGCGAACGACUAGGACGGCUGAGUUUGAGAUACCGGAGGUUUUGUUGGAUCUGGACUUUCCGGGACAUUUUUGUCGGAGGAUUCAGAGUGUUGCUGUGUCUAUGCCGAGUAUAGUUGGACCAUAUACGGGUGUGAAUUGCUCGCUAAGGUUGUUGGAGCAUCGGUAUCGGCUCAAGGCUGGCGUUUCGCCUUUGACUGGGAGUUAUUAUAAUCAGGGUGUGGCUGGGGAUGAGCGGUUCCAUACGGAUAGUGUACCGAUCACUUCUGUGGCUCUGAGCAGUUGCUCGCAUGAUAGCGGGACAUUCGAGUUGAGCUUUGGCGGGGAGCGGUACGCGCCUUUUGAAGGCGCUGGUGUAAUUUCUCGGUGGAAGUUGGAGUUGCCCGGUCCGUUUCGACAGUUUGACUACAACUCGAUUGGGGAUGUUUUGUUUACGGUCAACUUUACGUCGCUGGAGGGAGGCGCUACUUGGAAGAAUCAGGCUACACAGGCGGCGAGGGAUUUCAGGAGCCAGAUUGAUGAGAGUCUUGGGAAUGAGGGGGCUUUUCUCUUUGUUGAUCUUGCGGCUGACUUUUCAAAUGAAUGGCGAGGGUUUGUGAGCCGGAUUAGCAAGGCAGAGGGCACUGACCGGCAAAAGAUUGUCAGUAUGAGUGUGGAGAGAUUGCCGAAUAUGUUACCCUUUUGGAGUUCGGGGCAUGCCGUCAAGGUUCAGCAUGUUUGGGUUGCUUUGCAGCCGGCUGUGGGGGGAAGUGAAGGUUGGAAAGGGUCUGGCGAGGUCGAUUUGUUGGGGAGUCCGUUGGUUUUGGAGGCGGAGAAGUCGAGUGAUGAUUUGAAGGUAUUGGGGGUUCAGGGGGAAGUUGCUAUUGAUAAGGGGUUUGAGGAUUUGAAGUUGACGUUUGGGAUGGCGCCAGAGAGGGUUAAUAUGAAAGUGCCGAGGAGUUGUUGCUUGAUUAUUCAGUAUACGCUCCCGAAGGAGGGUUGAAGAUCCCCAUGUCGGGGAAUACAGGCCAUUCCUUGGCAUCGCAUCGCCCAG